UAGUUACGCUCGUGUACAGAAAAAUACCUAUAAACUUAAUUAUGCAAUUGAAAAAUUAUCCAUAAAACAUGGAUGAUUGUUUUCUGUGACCUUGACGGAAAAUUUUAUAACUGGCAUAUGGUGGAAAACAUUAGGCGGGCCUAUAAAAAAGUCGUAAAAUACCGCAGGGCAUAUUGGUCAUAUAUAAUACCACAAAGCUGAAAUAUUUAGCUAUUAAUUUGAUAUUUGUUGACCAAGAAGAAUAAUUAGUUACAAGAAUAACCAUGGACUUACAUAUCGCGUUCUGUUGUUUAAUAUUCGUGCAUUUAGUUGAUGCGAAGACAAAUGUUACUAACUCGGAUACAAAGAAGCCGAAUACAACUGUUUUGGAAGAUGGAGCUGGAAAUAAGAAGACGAAAAAUCAAAGCAAUUUAUUCAUAAACUUUAACAACUUGGAAGCUCACGUACAACCUCUGCCCGAGCUGAAGGAAAAGUUACCUCGGCUGGCUGUAUACACAUCACUCUUCCAAGGUGCGAGGCACGAAGAUGACGAGAGAGUGUUUAGGAAGAGGUUUGACUUUGAAGCCCAGCCUGAAGGCCAGAAAAUCAUCACUAAAGGACUGUUUGAUUGCCUACUGACGUACUUGGCACUAGAGUCGACCGUAGGAAUUCCCGUGCUGCUGAGAGGAGGCGUCGGUUACAGGCACUUUACGGCAGUGGUCAGGUCAAAACCGUACAAAGAAUUGAAAGGACAAGUAAGAGCCUACUGUCGGAAAAACAACGUGGAAAAACAAACAGCAGUCGAAAUGGAUAAACCACAAGCAAAAAGAAGGAGGUUCUAUUUCGGAGACCGUCUAAACGAAGAUAAUGAUUCGUCUUCAUAGCAUUGCUAAAAUUGGUACCUAGUUUAAAAUUACUGGUUGUCUAUGAGAUUAAUUAAAUACACCUAUGUAUUAGGUACAGACUGCCGUUCUGAAGUUGGCUGCUUUAGCUUAGUGACUUUGUAACA